GCUUUACAGGCUUCCAGGAAACUGUUUGAGAAAAUAAAGACAGAAGAACAAGAGCAGAAUGACCCUGAAAUYAAAGAAGAAUCCAUUGAAACUGARGUAUUUCAAGAAACCUUUGAGUCCCACUCCCACCAAAUACCGUUUGGAGAAUCCCCAACAGAUGAUUUGUUAGAACUGGAAGCRGACCAGAAAAACUGUCCAUACUGCCCUGCUAUUUUUGAGUCUGGUGUUGGACUGUCCAAUCAYGUGCGAGGACAUCUUCAUAGGGUUGGAUUGAGCUAUGAGGAACGCCAUGCUGUGCCUCCUGAGCAGGUGGCUGACCAAGACAGGCGGCCACGUAUUCGACGGAGGUUUUUAGCUAUUCGCCGAUUGAGAAAAGCACUACAGCUAGACACGGAUUCUGAGACGGUGACGAGCAUUCACUCAUGUCCACUUUGUGGGGACUCAUUUGAUAACAGAACUGGGCAGUCCAACCACAUACGAGGCCACCUGAAAAAGCUUGGGAGAAGUUUUUCUGAAAAGAGCAAGUCCCCAAUCAUUUUACURCGCGAGUUGAUGCGUGACAAAAAGGAGUUCCAGCGAGCCGUUCAGAUCCUGGGAAGAAGACGGAACCAUUUCCAUUACGGUGCUUUGCCAAAGCUACCCACCGCUAAUCGCUACACCUCUUCUCAGACCGGCUUCCCAAAAAGUCAUUCUGUCGCAAGYGUUUGCACUGAUCCAAAACCACUGAUGACCACGUUUUCUUUAGAAGCAAGUACAUCUGAAAAUGAGCAACAGGAUAAGCUGGAUGUUAAAAACUCUCUCUCAGGCACAACUGCCUUAAUAGGAAUUCUGAAGAGGAGAAAGUGUCAGGAAGACACCAGAUUCAAAGGAUCCUCUCAGACGUCGARAAACGAGUUGACAGUUUUUACAAACAGUGAGCACAGUUCAGGAUCAAGAGUUGCAUCUUUACUGCCAAACUCAGGAUCAGAAACUGGCGAAUUCAAGAGGAAAAUGUGCAUUCAUUGCAAUGCAACUUUCGAGAGUGGAGUUAGCCUGUCCAAUCAUCUGCGGGCAUAUGCAAAACGACAAAGAAUGGCCCUACUCGAGGGAACCACCAUUCAGUGUAAAGCGGUGAGGCAACGCUCAAGGCCCGGCUUAAAGAAGAAGACACUGCCCUUAACCCAAACUCCGGAGGACAUGUACAGGCUCACCUGCAGGUUCUGUGACCUCGUCUUCCAGGGUCCACUGUCAGUCCAGGAGGAUUGGAUUAAACAUUUACAGAGACACAUAAUGAACACUGGGGUCCCUCGCACUGGACUAGGCAUGGUGGAGGUCACCUCAACGGCCACAAACCCCCCGAUCCUCAAGCUGGAUCGUGACAGCUUGUCGACAGUCGCAGAUGAUGACUCAUGAGGCCAGCGGGACGGUUUUAGAUUUCACUAGACUCUGUGUAUGUACAUUGGAUGUUUGUUCACUUUUUUAGGUCAAUGAAAAACUGGCCAAAAGUACAAUUUGGCUCAAUGUUUUGGGCACUAUUGGAACAACUGGACAGGUAAAAGAUAGAUUUGAAUAAUUUGGAUAUUGUUACCUUUGUUUUUACAUGGCCCGUUUUUAUGAAAUGAAAUACCUUUACCUCAGAUUCUUCAUGGUUUUAGUCCGUUUUAGUACCAACACUCACCUAGAACACACAAACAUGUUUCCUUUGUGUUGCAACAUGAUCCAAUAAAUGCCCAGCCUCUUAUCAGGCCACAGCCACACUGAUGCUGAAUUUUUGGGAAAAAAAUAGAAAAAUGUCUGCAAUUUUUUAUGCAUAUGAAAUGUUUUGUAGUAUUGCAGUAAUUGCAUUGUUUCUAAUACAAAAAAAAGUUGGUUCAGGAAAAACUAAGUCUUAUUACGCACACCCCGUGCUGCUCAUACCGUUCAUACGUCACCUAUAUUUAAUGUUUAAAUAUACUGUUUUGAAAUAAUUUAAUUUGAAAUGUACUAUAUCACACAGAUACAAGACGUAAAACAUUUGUGUUGUUCUAAAUAAAAUCAAAAAAAAAAUUUAA